AUGACAACAAUAAUUGCUGAGAUGACUGAUCGUGGAGUCGAUAGGAGUGUGAAAUGUACUGGCCAUAUUGAUGCCAUGAUUCCAGCAUUUGAAUGUGUCCAUGAUGGGUCGGGAGUGGCUGUACUUGUUGGUGUACCCCACAAGGAAGCUUUGUUCAAGACAUACUCUAUGAACUUUCUGAAUGAAAGGACUCUCAAAGAAACCUUCUUUGGAAACUACAAACCUAGUUCGGAUAUUCCUUCUGUUGUGUUAUUUUUUCAGAACAAUGGUGGUUGUUCAGGAAAGCAACCCUUGCAUCCUCCACGAAGCCAGAAGCUUUGGGGUUACUCUCCUGAUGAAUCCAUUCAUCAAAAGUUCUAG